AUGGGCCCCGAAAAGAUUCGAUGUGACGCUCUGCAGAAAUUAAUGUCUGCAAAUCCCAAACUCAAUGAGACGGACCUUCCUGCCAUCAGGAGUAACUGGGUGACCUCUUACAGAGUAUUGGUGAGCAAUGACAGUCAUGCAUGGACUGCUGUCAGAAAUGAAUCUGGAGAUGUGAUUUUUGAAGGAAACAGUGAGAAAGAGAUCCCAGUUCUCAAUAUGUUGCCGGUGCCGCUGGUUGCACGCUAUAUCCGUAUAAACCCCCGGUCCUGGUUCGAAGAAGGUAGCAUCUGUAUGAGACUGGAAAUCUUAGGGUGUCCUUUGCCAGAUCCAAAUAAUUAUUACCACAGAAGAAAUGAAAUGACAACCACAGAUAAUCUGGACUUUAAGCAUCACAACUACAAGGAAAUGAGGCAGUUGAUGAAAACUGUGAAUAAAAUGUGCCCGAAUAUCACAAGAAUUUACAAUAUUGGAAAAAGCAACCAAGGACUAAAGCUGUAUGCUGUCGAGAUUUCUGACAACCCAGGAGAACAUGAAGUUGGUGAACCAGAAUUUCGGUACAUUGCAGGAGCUCACGGGAACGAAGUGCUUGGACGUGAGCUAAUCCUUUUGUUAAUGCAGUUCAUGUGUCAGGAAUACCUGGCUGGGAACCCGCGCAUCGUACAUCUCAUUGAGGACACCAGAAUCCACCUCCUGCCCUCGGUCAACCCAGAUGGAUAUGACAAGGCAUAUAAAGCGGGUUCAGAAUUAGGGGGCUGGUCUUUAGGACGAUGGACUCAGGAUGGCAUUGACAUCAACAAUAAUUUUCCUGAUCUAAACUCUUUGCUCUGGGAGUCAGAAGAUCAGAAAAAGAGUAAAAGAAAAGUUCCAAACCAUCACAUCCCAAUCCCCGACUGGUACCUGUCCGAAAACGCCACCGUGGCAGUUGAGACACGGGCAAUAAUAGCAUGGAUGGAAAAAAUUCCUUUUGUGCUGGGUGGCAAUUUGCAGGGAGGAGAGCUGGUGGUGGCGUACCCCUACGAUAUGGUGCGAUCGAUGUGGAAAACCCAGGAUUACACACCUACCCCAGACGACCACGUCUUUCGCUGGCUCGCGUAUUCCUAUGCCUCCACUCACCGCCUGAUGACAGAUGCGAGAAGGAGAGCGUGCCACACAGAGGAUUUCCAAAAGGAGGACGGCACCGUUAACGGAGCCUCCUGGCAUACCGUGGCUGGAAGCAUAAAUGACUUCAGUUAUCUGCACACAAACUGCUUUGAGCUAUCCAUCUACGUUGGCUGUGACAAGUAUCCCCACGAGAGCGAGCUGCCCGAAGAAUGGGAAAACAACCGCGAGUCCCUGAUUGUUUUUAUGGAACAGGUCCAUCGAGGCAUCAAAGGCAUUGUAAAAGAUGUGCAUGGAAAGGGAAUCCCAAAUGCUGUUAUUUCAGUAGAAGGUGUUAACCAUGACAUUCGUACAGGAGCCGAUGGGGAUUACUGGCGUCUCCUCAACCCGGGGGAAUACGUGGUGGGCGUGAAGGCGGAGGGCUACACCGCCGCCACCAAGACCUGCGAAGUCGGUUACGACAUGGGAGCGACCCAGUGCGACUUCACCAUCUCCAAAACCAACCUGGCGAGAAUCAAGGAGAUCAUGAAGAAGUUUGGGAAGCAGCCGAUGAGCCUGUCCAUCCGGCGGCUCAGGCAGAGGGCUCGGCAGUGGCGGCAGCAGCGAUAGACCUCAGCCGGGCAGCCCGCGGCAUC